AUGGUUGAACACGAAGAUAUGUUUUCGAAGCCUUUGCAUUGUAAUGAUUGUUCCUCUCCUGUUGUUAAUUGGGCAUCACUAAAUAGAGGAGCAUUGUUAUGCAAUGAUUGCUGUGCAAUUCAUCUUUGUUUGGGGCGACACAUAUCCGAAAUAAAAAUUUUGAAAGGAGAUAACUGGAGAGGGAAGCAGUACAGUUUAAUGCAGUAUUUGUACAAUAAAUCUGCUCACUUAGUAUGGAAUAAGAGCACAACGUCAUUGGUCCCCAAAAUCAAUGACUUAACAGAUUCGAUAAGAGAGCAGAAUAUUAUAAUGAAGUAUAGCCAACCAAAUUUGUCGAAGAACUUGAAUGCAGAAAAUCAGGAUGUCAACAUGCAGUUCCUUGCUUGUGUUAGAACUAGUCAUGUUGAAAUCACACUCCGCUUGUUGUCUCUUGGUGCGCGUACGUCGUUCAUUGAUAAAGAUACUGGGAAUACAUGCCUACAUAUUGCUGCAAGAGAAGGACAGGAUUUACAGGUUGAACUACUUUUUCUGUUUGGUGCUGAUCCUAAUGCUCGAAACAAAAAUGGAGUUACGCCUAGUCAGGCAGCAGCGUGCAACAACCAUGCGUCGUUGGCAAACCGUUUAAUAGAAAUGAAAAACCAUUUGAUUCAAGAAAUCAAAGCUUUUGUGAACAAGGGGAAUAACACAAAAACGCUCGAGGAUGAUGAACAUCAAGUCUUGAGGGUAUAUCUUAGUAAUCAAUCUAUGAAAGACUCAAAACUGUUGAACACCCACUUGAGAGGAUGUAACGAAAAGCAGUUUAUCAGAAUUCUUCAAGAUAUAUAUGAUGAAGUUGAGCGACGUAAAAUACUCAUGGAUUGGAAAAGUUUGCCAAACGGAAAGUUCUUUAUAGAAGAGAAAAAAACUGCGGCGUUUCUCCCAUCAGUCGCAUCUUAUUCUCCUACCCACAAUCAAUAUCGUCAAAAGUUGGCUAAACUGAGCUCUGAACAGUUUGUUUUGCUAAUUCUUCAAGUUUUGAAGGCGUAUAAACGUAGAUCUACAUUGGAAAUUGGGAGGAAAACAGCUGAUGAUACUCCAAGUUAUGGCAUUAAAGCUGUAGGUGUUAGGAAAAGUGAAACUGAUUCGUCAAAUAUUCGCCAUCAACACAUAUCUUCAAACAAUGUUUCUAUGUCAUCUACUUCUUUCGCCACUUCGUCAGGAGCAGAUAGCUUCAUAGAAGCUACCGAAAAACUGACGGCUGACAUACGCUACUUAGUAAAAGCCACUCAAAAUGAUAUGACAGCGGAAAUAGCUGAGAGUCAUGCUACCAAAAUCGGAGAGAGUGUUUUCAAACUGAUCAAGUGCAUUUCAAUUGAAUUCAAAAAUGAAAGAGUUGUCCAACUGACAGACAUACUAUGGGAUAGUGUUGCGCUUUUGAGCUGCAAGUGUAAUUCACCGUUCCUCAAAAGCGAAGAAAUAUGUGCUGCUGCAUUUGACCUAGCACAGGCAACGAAAAAUUUACUUUCAUUCGUCAAUCAAUGA